AAUCUUAUCUCUGUCUCUCUCUCUACCUCAAUUGUGCAGAGAUGGGCGGUUGUUUCUCUGUCUCGUUGCCAUGUGAUCAAGUGGUGAAUCAAUUUUCUCAGUGGUUAUGCCUCAGGGGGUGUUAUAUCCACAACCUUCCUGAGAAUAUCGUUGCUCUUCAGCAUGCCAUGGCAAUGCUCACGGCAAAGCUAGACGAUGUGCUGAGAACAGUGGGCAGAGAGGAGUUUACAGGGCGUCAACAAAGGAUUUCCCAAGUUCAGGUAUGGCAUGCUAAUGUUCUAACCACCAAAAAAAAAGUUGACGAUCUGCUUAGUACUUAUGAGGCUGACCUUCAAAGGUUGUGCCUAUGUGGUUUUUGCUCCAAAGAUUUAAAACUGAGCUAUCUUUAUGGGAGAAGUGUUCGCCUGAUGUUGAGAGAAGUUGAGAAACUGAGUUCUCAAGGAGGAUUUGAUGUGGUGGUCGAGGCAUCUACGUUUGGUGAGGUGGAUGAGAUCCCUAUUCAACCCACCAUUUUUGGUCAGGAAAGAAUGCUUGAAAAGGCAUGGACGCUUCUCAUGGAAGAUGGAUCAGGGAUGUUGGGUCUGUACGGUAUGGGAGGAGUGGGGAAAACCACACUGCUCACACAGAUCAACAAUAAGUUUUCUGAAAUAAGUGACAGGUUUGAAGUUGUGAUAUGGGUUGUUGUGUCUAAAAGUGCAACAGUCCGUAAGAUUCAAAGAGACAUAGCUCAAAAGGUUGGCCUUGUGGAGAUGGGUUCGGGAGAGAAAGACGAGAACCAGAGAGCCCUUGACAUCUACAAUGUUCUUAGAAGAAGAAAGUUUGCGUUAUUGUUGGAUGACAUAUGGGAGAAAGUGGAUUUAAAAGCGGUAGGAGUCCCGUACCCAACUAGAAAUAAUGGAUGCAAGGUAGCAUUCACCACUCGCUCUCGAGAUGUGUGUGGCCGCAUGGGGGUUGAUGAUCCAGUGGAAGUUAGCUGUUUGCAACCCGACGAGUCAUGGGAUCUGUUCCAAAGGACAGUUGGGGAAAACACACUGGGAAGUCAUCCAGACAUUCCAGAACUUGCGAGAAAAGUCGCUAGGAAAUGCCGUGGCCUACCGUUAGCACUCAAUGUUAUCGGUGAAACCAUGGCAUGCAAAAGGACAGUACAUGAAUGGUGUCAUGCGGUUGACGUUUUGACAUCAUCUGCCACAGAAUUUUCAGGUAUGGAAGAUGAGAUCCUUCCUGUUUUGAAGUAUAGCUAUGAUAAUUUAAGUGGGGAGAUGGUGAGAUCAUGCUUCCUCUAUUGCUCUUUGUUUCCUGAAGAUUAUCAUAUUGAUAAAGAGAGGCUGGUAGAGUACUGGAUAUGCGAGGGGUUCGUAAGUGAAAAGGAAAGUAGAGAGAGGACAUUAAACCAAGGUUAUGAGAUCGUUGGUACACUUGUCCGUGCAUGUUUGUUGAUGGAGGAAAGAAAGGAUAAAUCAUACGUGAAAAUGCAUGAUGUGGUUCGUGAGAUGGCUUUGUGGAUUUCAUCUGAUUUUGGUAAUCAAAAGGAGAGAUGUGUUGUGCGAGCUGGUGUUGGGUUACGUGAAGUACCAAAACUCAAGGAGUGGGCUACUGUGAGAAAGAUGUCUUUGAUGAAUAACGGGAUUGAAGAGAUCUUUGACAGUCACGAGUGUGGUGAGCUUACAACUCUAUUUCUACAAAAAAACGCGUUUGUAAAGAUCUCGGGUGAGUUCUUUCGAUGCAUGCCUCAUCUAGCUGUUUUGGAUCUAUCAGAGAAUCACAGUCUUGAGGAACUACCAGAAGAAAUAUCAGAGUUGGGCUCUUUGAGAUAUUUGGACGUGUCAUAUACAUGUGUAAAUCAGCUACCGGUUGGUUUAUGGGAAUUGAAGAAGUUAAUACAUCUCAAUCUGGAACACAUGAGCAGACUAGGGAGUAUUUUAGGGAUAUCAAGCUUGUGGAAUUUGAGGACAUUAGGACUACGAGGUUUGGUGCUAGAUAUGAGGCUAGUGAAUGAGCUAGAACUCUUGGAACAUCUACAAGUUGUAACCAUAGAAUCAUCGGCUUCGGUUGUGAAGCCAUUGUUAUGGUCUCAUAGGUUGGUCGUGUGUAUCAGAGAGGUUGAUUUUAAGUACCUUGAGGAAGAAUCAAUGAGAGUCUUGACUUUGCCAACUAUAGUCAAUCUCCGUAGGCUCAGCAUUAAAAGGUGUGGAAUGAGGGAGAUAGAGAUAGAGAAGACAACUUCUUCGUCAUCAUCAUCAUGGAACAAAAUUCACACAGCUCCAUACUUCUCAAACCUCUCUAAAGUCUUUAUAACUAAAUGUCAUGGUCUUAAGGAUUUGACGUGGCUGUUGUUUGCCCCAAACCUUGCUUUUCUCCAAGUUAGUUUCUCAAGGCAAUUAGAGGAUAUAAUUAACCAAGAGAAAGCUGCGAGUGUUGAGAAUGCAGCUACCAUUGUUCCUUUUAGGAGACUAGAAACGCUGCACCUAUCUGCUUUACGUGGGCUCGAGAGAAUAUAUUGGAAUGCUCUGCCGUUUCCAUGUCUGAAAGUUAUUCACGUUGAAAAAUGUUGGAAGCUAAGAAAGAUUCCAUUGGAUUCAAAUAGUGGCGCCGGGGGUAAAGAACUGGUCCUAAGUUAUGGAGACAGAGAAUGGAUAGAAAAGCUUGAAUGGGAGGACCAAGCCACUCGAGUUCGUUUCUUAACUUCGUGCAGGUGGCACUGGCGAGCUACACAAUGA